AGGAAAUUUGUUGUUUGGAAUAAAUAUUGAAAUAUUAUGAUAGUAUUCUAAAUUACUUAUUGUUAUUAUUGCUUGUUAUUUAUUACUUGUUAGUCAUGAAUCAUUAUCAUAGUUUGUAUUCAUAAUCAUUAUUAUUGUCACAGCUCAGCACACUCAUGGUGCGCGGCAAUCAAUCUUACUAUCAGAAUAAUAUUUUCAUUUAUUUCAGAAUAUUGCUUUACAAUUCUAUUUACUUCUAAUAGUAUUAUAGGUAUUACUGGUUUUGUCUUUAUCUUUGUGACCGAGUCUUGCGUGUGAACCUGCGUGUAAUGUAGAUUUUAUCCAACUCUGUUCAACCAAUAGUGACUUUGUUUUGCACUCAAUAACGCGUCUUCAGAUUUCAUGUACAAAGAAGACCAAAUCAUUCAUCGUCAUUAUCAUCAUUAUCAUCAUCAUCAUCUUCCAAUGCGUCGGUCUUGAGACUCUAUCUGAUGGUGUCCAAUUGUACAGAUCAUUUGCCUGAUACGUAGCAAUUCUUUGUUCAGCCACAAUGAUCAAUGUGUCUGUUACCAAUCUCACUAAUGAUGUGACAUCCACUGCUUUUGUGCCAAUCAAGUCAUUGGCCGCUCCACAUCCACCUGUUCCAUUGAGUCCGUUCACUGUGAUAAUCAUUGUUAUUUUUAUUUGUCUGAUGCUUUUUGGGAUAAUAAUAGCAAUAAGAAGAAAGAGGAGACUCGACAGGCUACGGCAUUCUUUGUUACCUUUCUAUUCAUUUGAUGCCAAUGAAGAAGAAGACUGGGAUUCAGAUCUCUUACAACACGAUAGUGGCGCUUCGACCAUUCGACAGCAUGGUCAAACAUUUAGACACGAGAGCAGUUUCCACAGCUGGCAUGAGAGAUUUAGUCCGAUUCAAAGAGCUAUGGAUCGGUUGAACUGAAUUUUAUGGCUGCAGAUAAAGAAAGCAAAAAAAUAUCACACUUAUAAGAGUGUAUAUUGUUACUGCUGUCAUUUGUAUCGCAUUUUAAUACUAGUAUCGAAAAUAUUGUUUAUUGUCUGGUCACAUAAAAAAAAAAUGUCUCCAUUUAUACAUUUACAUGUUCCUUGCAAUCC